AUGUCUCUGAACAACCGUCCUCAGGGAACAUUACCUGCAGAUACCCAGAUUAAUCCAAAAGAUCAGGGCCCAAAGCAGCUGAUGGUGGUGAGUCUCCGUAAUGGCAGGGAUCUAGAUGUAGAACAAGAGAGAGCUCAAGAAAAUAUACAGGCUGAGACAUUCAUUCCACUGCCCAUUGAGCUGGAUGAGUCUACGAUACUGAUAGAAGUGACAGUCCAACCUGCUCAGGAAGAAAAGAACAUUCAGCAGGAGAUCGAGAAAGUAGAUGAGCCAGUUGAAGAGCCAGUAGUUAAAAUAGAAUCUGAUAAAGAGAAGUCCCAAGUGAUUGGGAAGAAGAGACCUCCUGCACCCUUUCCACAGACGUUGGCCAAGCAUCAAAAGGAGGAGCAGUAUAAAAAGUUCUUUGAAAUGCUCAAACAGAUCCAGGACUUGAUGCCCCGGAAAUUUGAUUUUCAAGACUUGGCUACGGUUACACUUACUCGGACCUGUAGUGCAGUGGUGACGAUACCUAUUGCUGAAAAACUGUCUGAUCCAGGUAGCUUUACAAUUCCAUGCACUAUUGGGAAUUUCGCCUUUGAUAAGGCACUCUGUGAUUUAGGGGCCAACAUUAAUUUUAUGCCCCUAGCUAUCUAUAAGAGGUUGGGCAUUGGGAGAGCUAGACCCACCUCCAUGUUGCUGCAGCUGGCCGAUAGGACUGUGAAGCGUCCAUUCGGAAGACCAUUCUUGGCCACGGGGAGAGCUCUAAUUGACUGUGAUACUGGGGAACUCAAAAUGAGACUCAAUGAUGAGGAAAUAACGUUCAAUGUGCAGAAGUCUAUGAAGCAACCAAGCGAGUUCGCCAAUUGCUCUCUUAUUGAUGCCAAGGAUGUAAUUGUAGAUUCUGAUGAUGAGGUGUUGACAAUUGAGGACCCUCUUGCUGCAUGUUUGAUGAACUUAGAUGAAGUGAAUGGGGAGGAUUUGGCGGAAUGGGUGUUGGCAUUGGAAG